CUCUCCCUUCAUUCAUAUUCUUCCUUUUAUUGCCUCUCUCUUUCUCUUUCUAUUUCUCCUCGUCGCUCGGUCUCAUCUCUUUUUCUUUUCCGCUCAUCUCUGUUUCGGAUCGCCGUUGCAUGACAGCAUUCGGCAGAUCUUGGAUCUCUUAUCCUCCAUCUCCUCCUUCUCACACCCUCCUGUUUUUGUUUCAAACAGUCGUUGUUCUGGACGUUGACAAACGGUCCACAAAGAGGUGAAGAUGAGUGGAAAAGAAUCAAAAAGUGGCCGUGGGCGCCAUGUGAAGUGGGAUGAAAGUAAUAUUGGUCAAAUUGAAGCAAAUAAACCUGUGAGACAGAAAAUUACCGAACCUAAGACGCCUUAUCAUCCCAUGAUUGAUGAUGAUGAUUCUCUCUCUCCUGUGCGGGAGAAUUUUGACUUGUGUGUUGGUGAUGCAAUGCAUGCUGAAGCCAUUCGAACUGCAUUGAACGAUGUGGCUUCCUCAAGUGGUAAAAGCAGCCAGCGAUCCAGUGGUUGGACAUCUUCUGAGGAUGAAUCAGAUGCCAUGGACCAAGAUGAAGAAGAUAAGGGAAAUUUGAGCUUUAAGGAACACAGAAGAGCACACUAUGACGAAUUUAGGAAAAUUAGAGAACUGCGGAGGAAUGGGUCACUUUUAGUGGACGAAGAUGAUGAAGACGAUGUUGAGAUGGAUAUGAUGGGGAAAGGUGUGAGGGAUAUUGAUAUUGAGAAGAAGAAUAAAGGUCAUUUAUCACAAUCAUCGCCACCAACCAAUGGAGUUGGAGGUUGAUCUCAGCUAUAAGCAAAAAGGAAAAAACAUCCCACUGAGUGAAGAAGACCCCAUUUGAUAAGAAAUUGUUUGGGUGCUAAAUUUGCAAUGUCUUUUAUUAUUUUUAUAUAUAUAUUUUUACUUUGUGUACUCUGUACUUGUAAAUAACUUCAUUUCUUUGUCCCUCUCAAAUGUGGCCAGAGUAUGAUACACCUGACUUCCUUUUUUCCCCCUCUGGCUUAAUUAGCCAUUUCCUUUGAACUUGAUGCAGAAAUUUUCCAUGAAUUAUAAUUGUUGAUGUCUUUCUUUUCU